AUGCUUCCCAACCACAAAUCUGCGAAUAGACGGGCCAGCAAGCACACUUGGCUCGUCCCGAGUCCACCGGAAGUUGGCCCGCCCACCCACCACCACCCACACCAAGGAACAACACGCGAAUCACAUAUGCACGACGCACGGCUACAGAUUGUCAAGUGGGAAAAAAGAAGCGAGCAAGGGGAAAUGAAGAAACAGGAAGGGAUGCAUCCCACCAAGCCACCCUUUUUCCCCGUGACGGCGCCAUCGACAAGCCCAUGUUUUAUUUUCUUCUUGGACCUGGGUCGACCGUUGUUGGCCCUAGUUACCGCUUCGGUAGCCUCGCUGGUCGCUGAAACUGCCCUCCCCUUUCUCCUCCUACCACACUCAACCCGUACGAGGAAGCAAGAGAGAGAGAAAGUCCGACAAAUCACGGCAGAGGAGUUCGGAGCUCUCCGUUCUUUAUCCCCUUUCGGUGGCUUGGCUUCUCGCCUUUGUGUCUUCCCGCGCAGUGCGCGGCGCCCGCGCGCGACCAACGAGCCCAUGGGCGCUGGCGGGCUGCUCCACCGAGGAGCCUCGCCCAGCCCGUCGUCGACCUCGUCGCAGCCACCGCCUACGAUGAUCACGACGACGACGAGCGAUUUUGACGGGAGCAUGGCAAGAGGUGGAGGAGGAGGCGGGGCCGGCAGCGGAACGCGGACCACAGCCUCGACCGGACCCACGACGGCCCCCCGAUCCCAUCUCUAUACAGCGUCACCGCCGACGACGACACCCAAGAGCACCCGCGCUGCCGCCGCGCCGCCGCAGCCGUCCAUGCUGCAGCCACGCGUCGCCGUCGUCCUCAACGUGCCCGCCAAGUGGCAUCCGUGGCUCUUUGCCCUCCGUUUGCUCUCCUGCCUACCCGCCGCCUGGUGGGGGCUGCCUUCGGCGCUGCACCUGCUGCUGCGCGUCCUCCCCGCCGGUCCGCCCGAGCAGCGCGACGCACUUGCCUCGCUGUAUCGCGGCGACGGCCGGGCCGAGAUGUAUGCUCUCACCGAGACGGGCCUGGCCACGAUAUGGUCAUUUGCUUGCGGAUAUCUAUCUUUCUUCUUUACUGAUUGCUUAAUGUCUCGGUGGUAUGUAUCCCGGUCUGCCUCGAAUCGUUGGUCACUGGCUAACCCGCUCAGGCUCAUCAACUAUACCCCCCAAGCCACCAUUGUCCGACUCCUCACCGUCGACGUCAUCAACGCCUACCUCACCCUCACUACCCUCUCCCUCUGCGGCGGGUUCCGGGACCCGCGUCUGCUGCUUCCUGGCUGGAUCGGCAUCGCAACAACACUCACCGUCUGCUACCACAUUAGCCACCAGCGCAUCAAUAUCCGCAAAGAAACCUCCACCUCGGUCAACGUCUUCUCCAUCGCCAGCUACCUGAGCAUGGUUGCCCUCCUCGCCCACAUGCUGGCCUUUCAGCCCGACUACCCCGCCAUGCCCGUCGUUGUCCACGGCCGCCGCCUUUGGGGUGACCUGCUGCACUACAUGGCGCAGAUCAAAGGCACAAUUGAACGUGAGAGGGCAGAGUUGUAA